CCGUGCUGUGCAGACGGAAUACUGAGGCUCCUGCGUUGGAAGGGAAACCACUUCAUUCGGCUCCAAAGAGGAUUUUAAAUGAAGGCUCCGGGUUUGCAGCUGAGCAUCUCGGAUCUUUGUUCCAUGUUUCUCCCCCGCCGCGAGAUGAGAAGCUGAGGGACGGGGACAGGAGCACCGCGGGGAGACGCUGCGUUCAGCUCAGCAACAAAGAAGCGCUCUGGGAAGCUGCUAAGGCUGAGGGAACGCGAAGUUAUUCCCAACAAACAGAAAGUCGUGCCGCAGAUCCUUCCUCGCCAUGCUGCUCCACGGACUGCUCCGCACCGCGGUCUCUCUGCUGCCCUUCAUCCUGCCCGCCUCCUUCAGGGUCAACGCUCAGUAUGGAGACCGAGGAAUGUCUAUCCCGGAGCAUGGAUUCUGCCAGCCGAUCUCCAUCCCGUUGUGCACGGACAUCGCCUACAACGAGACCAUCAUGCCGAACCUGCUGGGCCACACGAACCAGGAAGACGCGGGACUGGAGGUCCACCAGUUCUACCCCCUGGUGAAGGUGCAGUGCUCUCCGGAUUUAAAGUUCUUCCUCUGCUCCAUGUACGCGCCGGUGUGCACGGUGCUGGAGCAGGCGCUGCCCCCGUGCCGCUCUCUGUGUGAGCGCGCGCGGCAGGGCUGCGAGGCGCUCAUGAACAAGUUCGGCUUCCAGUGGCCCGACAGCCUCGCGUGCGAGAAGUUCCCGGUACACGGCGCGGGCGAGCUGUGCGUGGGCCAGAACAUGUCGGACCGCGCGGAGCCGGAGGGGCCCGGGCACUACCCCACCGCGCGCUCCCCGCCCGAGCCCACGCACGGGCAGUUCAGGUGCCCGGGGCCCCUCGUCGUGCCCCCAUACCUGAACUACCGCUUCCUGGGGCAGGAAAACUGCGGCGCCCCGUGCGAGCUGAAGAAGUCUCAUGGGAUGAUGUACUUCAGCGAGGAGGAGCUGAAAUUUGCUCGAAUUUGGAUCGGAAUCUGGUCGAUCCUCUGCUGCGCCUCCACUCUGUUCACGGUGCUGACCUACCUGGUGGAUAUGAAGCGCUUCAGCUACCCAGAGCGGCCCAUAGUCUUCCUCUCUGGUUGCUACACCAUGGUGUCCAUCGCCUACAUUGCUGGAUUCUUACUGGAAGACAAGGUGGUUUGCAAUGAUCGCUUUGAAAAAGAGAUGAGGACUGUGGUGCAGGGCACCAAGAAGGAAGGCUGCACCAUCCUCUUCAUGAUGCUCUACUUCUUCAGCAUGGCCAGCUCCAUCUGGUGGGUCAUCCUGGCCCUCACCUGGUUCCUGGCGGCUGGGAUGAAGUGGGGCCACGAAGCUAUCGAGGCUAACUCCCAGUACUUCCACCUAGCAGCCUGGGCCGUUCCCGCCAUAAAGACCAUCACCAUCCUGGCAGUGGGCCAGGUGGAUGGAGACGUGCUGAGUGGGGUCUGCUUCGUGGGCAUCAACAGCGUGGAUGCCCUGCGAGGCUUCGUCCUCGCGCCGCUCUUCGUCUAUCUGUUCAUCGGGACUUCCUUCCUCCUGGCUGGAUUUGUGUCCCUCUUCCGCAUCCGGACCAUUAUGAAACACGACGGCACCAAGACAGAGAAGCUGGAGAAGCUGAUGGUGCGGAUCGGGAUCUUCAGCGUGCUCUACACCGUGCCGGCCACCAUCGUCAUUGCCUGUUACUUCUAUGAGCAGGCCUUCCGUGAGCAGUGGGAGAGGACGUGGGUCAGCCAAUCGUGUAAGACGUACGCCGUGCCGUGCCCCAUCCAGAACCACCCCAACAUGAGCCCGGACUUCACCGUCUUCAUGAUCAAGUAUCUCAUGACGCUCAUAGUGGGAAUCACUUCCGGCUUCUGGAUCUGGUCUGGGAAGACCCUGAACUCAUGGCGGAGGUUUUACACGAGACUGGCCAACAGCAAGCAGGGCGAAACCACAGUGUGACGGGCUUUUCACAAACUUACUCCUGCUUUUUGGACCCACCAGAGACCUUCGCUCUGUUUUAUUGUACAUACACAUUUGUGAGAUUUUUUUUGAAAGUAUAUAUUUGUAUUUAAAGGCUGAAAAAAAAUAGUCCCCCUUUUUUCAUCUUUGGAUAUGUUGGAGAAACAUCACAAAAAGCCAGUGAACCAUAGCGAAUCCUGGUGUCUGUCUCAUGACCUGGUUUACUGUGGACACCCCUGGGAGUACUUCACACGGAGUGUUUGUGUCUGUAGGUCGGUGGAGUACUUGUGAGCGAGUGCAGGGUCUAUUCUAAGCAGAGUCCCGUGAAACCAAAGUGCUUCCUCGUGGCCUCCUCUUAUCCUGAUUAACCAGCUGCACUUUGUGUCUGAGGAAGCAAGCUUCAGGUUUCUGAGGCCUCGCGUUGGCCGCCUGGGACAAGAAAUGCAGUGCGAUGUAUGCGUGUGAGUCAGUGAGAUAGAUGGUUCUGAACAGUGUAUUUUAUGGGCCCCUGCAGAUGUAACAUUCCUCUGUUAAAGUAAAAAAAAAAGAAGUUCUUAUUGCCAUGUAAAUGGAAAAUAAGGUUUCUCCUGCAGACCUCCGGUUUUCACUCUUUAUUUUAUUUCUUGCAUAUAUGGGAAUCCGUAGUGCCAAAUGUCUUCCUCCACAGAGAUACACUAAUGCAUCAAACCUGAGCAAAAUAAUCUUCAGAGCACAGUCAAAUAAAGCCAGGGGAUUUGGGAAUGAAAAUAGUUUUGGACACAUUUAGUCAUAUAUUUAGGAGAUUUAAGGUAAAAAUAGAAUCAUUUGUAAAACAUUUUCCUAUUGAAGAGCUUUUUGGACACCUUGGGAUUUUAGAUGUCACUGCAAAGAACUUAUAAAAACAUGUUAAAGAAUAAAAAUCAUGUGACUCAGAGGCAAAUUUUGACCAAUGAUAAAUUUCCCUAGAAAUUAUUAUGAUAAACAAUAAUAUAGUUGUUUUGGGACCAUUUUCAUGUAAUAGAAUCAUAAUGGCAAAAUAAUGCAAAGUUUCCCUCUUAAAGCAAUAAACUUUAAUUUAGUAAAGAACACGUAAUCCUUGAAGUGGAAGGAAGGUAUUUAAAAUAUUCUCCCCCAAAAGCCUCAAAACCAAGAAACAAAGCAGAAAUAAAAACCACACACCACCGAGACCGCAAAUGAAACAGAUUAUGAGGAAAAUUGCUCUUUAAAAACAUUAUCAGAAUGGAUAUUAUCUGGCUGAUUUUAAUUGAUCAUGUGGUCAAUUGAUUUAUUGCUUACUGCAAGAGGAAAGUAACUGAUAAAUUUAAUAAGCUGCUGGUCAUUUAAUAACUUCAACUUUUGCAACCUUUGUUGUGGAACUUUUUCAACUGCCGAUAAAUGAAAUGUGGUGAAGCUGUUCUAAUUAAAAAGAUCAGCAAAAAGUGAUUUAGUUUUGAUCAGGAGUCAUUAUGUGACCCAUUUCAUUGAGUCAACUGGCUCAAAUGGGGAUAACAACCAAAAAAUAAAUGGGAAUAAACAAAUAUAGGGCUGGAAGCAAUCAAUAGGAUUAAUCAGGUUAAUGAUGAUGAAUCGACUAUUGAAAUGAUGAUCAACUAAUUUAGUAAUCAAUUUGUCGUUCAAGUGGAAUGUAUAGACUCAUAGACCAUUUCCUAAAUUAAUAACAUAUUCAGAGCAGCAAAUAGCCCAAAAUAAUCUAUAUUUUGGAUUUAAGAUUAAAACCAUUUCUGUCUGAAUAUACCAUGAAUAUGUUAGAUGCAGAACUCAAGUGGCAAUUUCAGGUAAAAAAAAAAAGAAAAAACAUUUCCAACCAACUCUUGCUAUGCAGUUACUAAUCUGAAUAAAUAAUUCCAGAUCAGCCCUGCAGCCUGGAUGUUCAGUCCAGUUGAAAGGGCUGAGCUUUCCACAUGUCAAUGUUUGAAGGAUUUCCUUUAGCUGUGGAUUUAUCCUUUGCUCCAAAUGAUCAAGUAUUCACUAAAGGAAUGCAGUUGCUGCAUUUUAUGCAGUAAGUGUUUAUUUUCAUAUUUCUAAAAUUAAUUGAAAUAUUUGACUUGCAUUUCUAAUUGUAUUAAAAAGAUAAAAUCUGCAGAAUGGGUCAGUUUUUAUCUUAUUAAUCCAUUAUUUGGCUGAAUCAUUGUUGGAAUAAUCAAUUACUAAAAUAACCCCUAGCAGCUGGCCUAACAUAAAGAUUUCAGAGGAGAAUGUACGAUUCAGUGAAGGUUCAUGUGUGAUUUGAGAGUUUUUUCAACCAUAUAUCACCAUAAAUGAUGAAAACCGUUAACCUGUAAAACCGUUAUCAAGUACAAAAUGGCGUUAAGUGUUGAGCUGAAUUUGGAUGGACAAAAAUGGAAUAGUGUUUUUUCCAAAAUAAGGGUUCAAACUGGUGAUGAUGUGAAAUAACCCAAAAUAGUUCAUAAUUUAUUAUAAUAAAACCUGAUCAUUCACAGAUGUAGAUCUUCUGUUCUUCCACAGCUCAGAAUUAGAGCAUUAAUAUGUUGUGAUGAAAUUAAAUCAAGAAGCACCAGAUGAUUAAAUUGAUCUGCAAAACUCAUUUAAGGAGAAAAAGCAACUGGUUUUUACUCUCAGGCGUGAAAUGAUCAGAUAUCUGUCAAACUUUGGAGAUUUUUGACAGUUGUACAAAUAAUUAGCAGAACAUAAAAAGAAAAAUAAUAUGGAGUGGUUUCAGAAUGACUAUUUUUAGAGCAAAAAAAGUAAACCAUGCAUUUUUUGUAUUUUAGAACUUUUAUUGAAGUCUUUCUGGGUUUUUAUUUGACAUAAAAACAAAAUUUAGCAAAAGAAGAUAGAAAAAUGUUAGAUGUGUUAGAUGCAAUUUUAAUUCAUAAGGAGGUAAUGAUCCAAGCAGAAUUAUUGAUGCAGCUGGCCUUGCAGGAUGUAAUCUGCGUUAUUUUGUGGGUAACGAGGCUCUGAAAAUGCUCUGGGUCAAAGUGAAAGACUGGGCGCCACAUGAUGAUGCAUUAGAGGGACAUAAACACCAGCACUCUUCAUUUUAAUCCAGCAUGGAAAAUAAUAUUUUGACAGUUUAUGGAGAUGUGUGUUGUCCAUAGAGGGUCUCCAAGGCUAAACAAGGUUCUGUAAUGGAGGGAAAAGGGUGUGGCUGGGUAUGGGGGAGGUCCAUGAAUAUGUAACCUUGUUUUUACUUGGAAGCUGAAUGUUUGAGUUGGUGUUCAAAGGCCUGUCGGUGAGAUGCAGAUUGUGGAGAACAUGGCUGCAAUGCAGGACUGAAGCGCAGCCAGCAGCUUGUAUGUCUUCCACUGCAGAAAGGAAGCGUUGUGUUGAAAUGCAGAGUGGCCACUCACACACACACACACACACACACACACACACACACAUGCACACGCAGACUGCGUAUCCCUGUCGGAUUCUCUUCCACACGGUGCUUCCGAUUCUUAAGAACUCUUUUAUUGUCUUGACGUAUCUACAGUUGUCACGGCUUUGAAGUAAUUUUCGUUACCUUUGCUAUGAAGAGAACUUUUUAUAUUUAUAGAAAAAAAAUCUUAUAUAAGCACACACUACAUUGAUUUCUUUAUAAAUAAAUAAAUAAAAAAAACUCACCAAUGCAACUUUUGA